UCUCCUUAUCUCCACCCUUCCCCUCCUAACGUUAACACUGAACACUGAAUUUUAAUUAUUAUGUUUACCUCUCCAAGCUGAGUCACCUACAGUCAGGGUGUCUGUCGGUCGUCUUGUUUUGCUUUUCGUUUGUAAAUCUUUGUGAUCAAUGUACUGGAAGGAACUCGUCAAAUAGUGCCUAACCUCACUUAAACUAACCGAAUCUAACCUGAAGGAACCUAAACUAACAUAAAUUAACCAAAUCUAACCAAACCUAACCUAAAUCACCCAAACCUAAUCUAUCUAAACUCUAAAUAGGUCAUAAUCCUCAUGGCAUAGGUUAAGUUAGGUUAGGUUAGGCUAGGUUAGGUUAGGUUAGGGUGAAGCCUAUUACGAUAUGGUACCUAUUUGAUUGACUAAGAUUCCCAAAAGAACAUAAUUAUGAAGUGUUGAUAAACUAUGAAGAAUAAACUCAUUUAAUCCCUGUACUGUGUUUAAUAAUGAAAAAAUACUAAAUACACAUCAAACUACUCAAGACUGAUUGACUCUAUAGCAGCCCUUAACUUGUGGAACUACAGUGAAGUGAAGUGUAGUGAAGUGUAUUGAAGAAGAGAAGAGUAUUACUGUAUACCCAGGAGCACUUCUUUCCCUCCUACACACACACACACACACACACACACACACACACACACACCCUCCUCCAAGCAGCAGCAACGGCCAUUUUUUUACGCUCCACAUCUGCACCUGGGCGUGGUGGUCAACCCCAGCAGCGUGCAGUUUCCCUCACUCCACGGGCACCCUGGCCUACGCUCACGACCCACCAGGCACAAGAACUAUCCAGCACCCACUCCAACGCCCGCGUCCAUGGCUACCGCUGCACCAGACAGAUUAAAGCAAUCAUACAACCUGUACGAGAACGAGGAUGGGAGCGACAUUAUCUUGAUGGUGGGGGAUGAGGUGUACCGAGAGAGGAUCCCCGCUCACUCCUGGGUCCUGGCUGCCGGUAACCAGGUGUUCAGGGCCAUGCUACAGGGACCGAUGGCUGACAGGCACAAGGAAACCUACAACAUCCCCACUGACCCCAAGGGAUUCCAAAAUCUACUCAAGUGGCUGUACCGUCACGAGUGUGGAAUCCAGAGUAUGGAGAGUGGCCUCAUCACCCUCCAAGUGGCGAUCCAGUACCUCUGCCCAGAACUGGCAGAACUGUGUGUGGAAUAUAUUGCACAACACCUCAAUGGGAACAACGUUCUCAGAGUCCUGCAAUACAUUCACAGGUACUGUCCAUCUAACCAGGGUUCUGACAACAGUGAGAUCUCAACAGCUCCUUCAGCUCCCAGCUUGGAGGAUCUUGAUGAAUUUCCACAGACUUGUGUAGAUCCAAGAGUGGAGCAGUUGGAAAGGUCUCAGCACACUGUCCACAACAUGACUCAACUGCAGGAACUGUGUGACGAUGCAGACUUCCGGGACCCCACAGCCUGCUGUACUGACCUCUUCAACGCGUGCCUUGAACUAGUAGAUCGGGAAACACGGUUAGUCCUGGCCUCAGAGCUUUUGGAAGAGGUAGAUUAUGACACACUUGAACUUAUUUUGAGGCGCUCUACACUGAAUGUGCCAAAUGAGCUGCCAAUAUUUGAGGCAGUACAGCGCUGGUCAACAGCAAAAUGCAAACGUGAUAAGUUACCACUCACUCAGGAAAACAGAAGGGCUGUGUUGUGUAAUCUACUCUACCAUACACGCUUCCUACAGAUGAAUAAUGAGCAGCUUCCACAGACUGCUUGCCUUCUGACGGCAAAUGAAUUUAACUACGUGAGUGGGCGGAUCUCAGGUCACAACAUGACCACCAUACCUCCCACACUAGCACCACACUUGUCUGAGAUGGACAAACCUCGCUGCCACACACCCCCUGGAACACCACAGAACGCAAAUAUCAAGAACAAGAAAAAGCGUACCACUGGUAAGAAAAAAUAUACAAGGAAGGAACUGAUGCUGGAUAUUGUGUCGUGUCUUGCAGUGAUCUUUGAUUAAACAUGAAUGUUAAUAUUUGUGUUGCAAUGAUUCUCGCCACACUGUCACAAGAAGAGCCAAAUGGAUAAAAUCCUUAACUUAUAUAUUAUCUAGCUUUUUUUACUGAUUAAACUUAUAUGUUAAAGUCAAAUAUGUUUGUAUCUUGAAAACAUUAACAUGUAAUACGAAAUACAUAAGUCGAAAAAUUGUUAUUACAGUACUUAAGUCAUGUUGUUUUGAAUAUACACAAGGUAUGUUUCUCUUGACCCGGUAAACAACUUAUGAACCUUUGCUGUUAUUGUAGUCAUUGAAUUCUAUUUGAUUUGAUCAUAGAUGUUUUAUUGUAUAGAUGUUGAAUCAUUUAUUACUUUAUACUUGUAUCGGAAAAUGUUGCACAACUCAUUCGCAGAAUUUGGACUGCAACAAAUCAAAACGUGAAGCACCUUCUGAGAAUGUGCCUUCUACUAUAAAAAUACAGGAUAUAUAUAUAUAUGUGUAGGAAUUAUAAGUUACUUUAACUUAAAACUUGUUAAAUAAUAAUGAAUGAAUGUAAAACAUAUUCCUUUUUUAUGAAUAGUUUUUCCAAAUGUACAAUAUACAGUAAAUAGUCUAGUCAUUCUUUUCUCAGCAUAACAUAGUAAAGUCUAAAAACAGGAUGUAUAAUAGAAGGAACGAGUAAAGGCACGGACACUCUACACUGUGUGAUUAAAUCUGUAUCAUAAUGCUCUGGUUCUGGCCAUACAAGAUAUUAUUUUAUUCUUACGACUCAAUAUAUCAAUCGGGGUUCAUCCACAAAAUUGAAAAUAAAAUUACUAAACAGAAUGCAUUGCCACAACGAUGAAAAUGUUUUUGAACGAUUCCAUAAAUGCAAUGUAAUUAUAAUGGUUUAUCUGGCUCGUGGGGAAAAUGGCAUAUUCCUGUCAUAUUAAGACUCUUCACAUUCAUUCUUGUUGUAAACGUCAGUGAAGAUGACAAUGAUAGCGUUCACCUCAACCACCAUACAUACAGUGAGAGUUCAUCACGAGACACUUUCCUCCAGCAUCCUAUUUAUAAAAGCACUUUAAUAUGUCAUGACUAUACACGGAGGCAGCCUGUUGUGCAGUAGUGACAGACAGGCACAGGAAACAUCCAGUGUAUAGUGAGAGCAAGAAAAGAGAAGUCUAAUAUUUAUGUUAAGUUUGUGUGUUAAUAAUGCUGAAAUGUUUCUGUACAAACUUCUGUGAAGAAUGUGCAGAGUAAAACCUUGUACUAUGCCCUUAGACAUCCGUGCUGACUUUCCCUGUUACUGAAAAGUAUUUAUUUAUGAAUUGAAUACAAAACAUCACACAUACAGUACGUCACAAUACCUUUACAGAUUAAUAAUGACCAAAUGUGUAUUUUUUCUAACUCCAAUGUACUGUAAAUAAAACAACACAGACUCACAGUAGGAUUACAAAAAUUCCUAUUAUUUGUUACCAAUGUUCUUAAAAAAAUAAAACCAAAGAGUUAAAAUAUUUUAAUUUUAUAAUCAGUGUGAUGUAAUAGGCUCCUCAACGAGGCUAUUCCCAACACCAGCGUGUGUUUUAUUAUGUUUGAUAAAGUUUAUAUCAUUAUUUAGACGAGUAUAUUCAACAGGGAAUAUUAACACGGAUCACUGUGACAAAGAAAGUAAUAUUCAGGCAAUAAUAUAUACUGCACUACACAUCAUGAUAGGAUUUUUUCUUUAUCGGAAAGUCAGCAAACGAUGAAGUGAUUUGUUUAUCCACUUCCUGUCUGAGUAUUACAGCAGCGCUCAACAUGCUGACCCAUCCAUGUUUUCCUCUCCUUUGAUCUUUACCCAAUAAAUAGUGCAAUACUUGUAUAAUUUAAUGUAGCUCACCCAUGCAAUACCUCGCUAUCAAGCAUCGUAUUCUUGGUGUUAAAUCUUCACAGCCUGGUCAAGGACUUGGAUAUAUACAGUAGAUGUACCAACAGCCAGCCAGGGUAUAAACUCAUAUAUUCUCUACGCAGUCAGCAUUAAUUAUUAAACAAUGAACGGUGUGUAGACGCGCUGUGAGCAUGUAAAGACAAAAAUAAUUGAUACGGACGUAAAUAGU